AUGUCUGAAGCUGGAGAAGGAAUCCACAAGCGCAGCAAAUCGUCCAUGCUGUCAUUGCACCGACGAAAAGAAGGCAAGAAUGAUGAGACCACCUCCGAAGACAGCUCGUCAACCAUGUCGCAGCGCGGCCACCUCGGAAGACCAUCAACAAGCACCGCAAGCCUUAUCCGCUCAACCUCCAACCUCAUCCAAGCCUCGCAGCACAGAGCUAUGCUUUCGAAUCCGCCCCCAAUUCCACAAGACAAGCCGGUCACGAUCGAGCAAUCGGUGCGCAAGUUUCGCGUCUUCGAGGCGCUGCGGAACGGGGACACGGCCUCGAUCUCGAAAGCUAUACGGGAGAGCGAUGGGACUCGAUCAAGUAUAUCUAGUGUAAACGGGGGUCCGAGUGGGUUAGAUGACACGAGUAUCUUGCACCUGGCGAUACAGUGCGCUGAGCAACCUGUUGUGGAGUACGUGCUUUCUGAUGGUGCGGGGUCAAUUGAUAUCAAUUCGAGGGAUAAGGAUGGCAACACGGCGCUACAUAUUGCUGCCCAGCAAGGACGGUCGCACAUCGUAAAGCUACUGCUUGAACAGCCUGGUAUCAACGAUUCGAUUGCAAACUACUCUGGUCGUCUACCCAUCGAUGUCGCCCGCACCCCGGACAUUUACCAGCAAUUGCAGUUAUCGCGCUCGAUAUUUGUAGAUGGGAAGGUCAAAGAGGUGCAAACUUUGGUUCAACAAGGAGAUUAUAAGAAACUGGGCGAGGUUUUGGAAGAGCCUCGUGUUAAGACUGUUCUGGAUAUUAAUGGAGGCGAGUUUGCGAGCGAUAUCACGACAAUACAGUCUGGAGGUACACUGCUGCAUGAGGCGGCUAGGAAGAGGAACACUGCACUCAUACAGGCUCUGUUACUUCAUGGGGCGGAUCCGUUCAGGAGGGAUCGUAGGGGCAAGCUUCCGCAGGAUGUUACGAAGGACGACACUACGAGAGCGAUGCUUAAAAGAUCUCCGGCUGCUGUUGCCGCGCAACGAGGCAUUCAGGAGAAAGCCGUGCUUGGAAAUGCUUCCCAGCAAAACUCAACUGCGGCUCCUGGUGAUGCUUUGGCUGGAAAGGAGGGCCGCGAGAUGAAGGGAUAUCUGAAGAAGUGGACAAAUUACCGAAAGGGAUAUCAACUGCGUUGGUUUGUACUGGAAGAUGGAGUGAUGAGUUACUACAAGCAUCAAGAUGAUAUAGGAGCUGCUUGCCGUGGAGCCAUCAAUAUGCGAAUUGCGAAGCUUAAUAUGGAUCCAACUGAGAAGACGAAAUUCGAGAUCAUUGGAAAGUCUUCAGUCAAGUAUCACCUAAAGGCAAACCACGAGGUUGAGGCCAAGAGAUGGUUCUGGGCUCUUAACAACUCUAUUCAAUGGACCAAGGACCAGGCGAAGGAAGAAGAUCGGCAGAAGCAAAAGAGUUCAGAGAUCUUGAGGCAAGCGAAGCUUGAGCAUAGUGCCGGGUCGAAAGAUCCAUCUGCAUCAGAGCUCGCGAGUGAAACUGCAAGUAUUACGGAAACCCGACGAAAUAGUUACCAGGCCAGCUCCCGACUUGCACCACAGCCUAGCAAGAGCGGCUCGUCUAAGGUUGCCUUUAAUACUGCUGGAAGUGUUGGUGAUGAAGAUGAAGGGACCGCGUACGGAUCUUAUGAACCUAGCUUCAUGGGGGAAAUGGGCAAGGUACCAAGCAAUGUUGGUACAGGCAUAGACGGGGACGACGAUGACGAUUAUGCUGAAGGUGAAGGUUCAAGCGAUCGUGAUACACCUGCAAGCAAAGAUGCUUUUGACAUCACUGCCCAGUCGGCAAAAUUGCAGUUGGACAUGAUGGCAUCUGUGAAUGCAGCCUUGCAAACCGAACAAACCAGGAACCCCGCAUUCACAAUUUCUGACCCCAUGGCUGUACAAGCCGUGCAAACCUACGACUCAUCCAUCCGCAAUCUCAAGGGUCUUGUUGGAGAUCUUCUGAAAAUUUCGAGAGAUAGAGACGCCCACUGGCAGUACCGCCUUGACCGAGAAGCAGACAUGAGACGCCUCUGGGAGGAUAGUAUGGCGCAGGUAGCAAAGGAACAAGAAAUCCUCGAAGCCCGAGUUGGGGAGGCUGAAGAGAAACGAAAGUUGACGAAACGGGCUCUCCGUGAGGCGAUUGGUGGCAGUGUCGCUGUGAGCAGUCGACCUGCGAGCAGAGGUGAACCCUCACAGGAGCUUGCUGAGGCCCUUGAGGAUGUGAAGUUUGAACAAGGUGUCAAUGCUUCACUUGAACGACCAUUUACGGCGAGAAGCUCCCUCCGACGCAAAUCUAUUCUACAGGAGAUUGACUUGUCGGAUUCUGAUUCUGAGGACGAUGAGGAGUUCUUUGAUGCUGUAGAUGCCGGUGAGGUCCAGGUUGCGCCAAUGCCUCCGGUUAGUCCACCUUUGAAGGGCGACUUGCUUGAGCCAGGGGCUAUUGAUUUAAGCUCGUCCUUCCAUGGUUACGAGGAUGGUAUCCGGAAAAAGCUAGCUAUGGAUGCUGAUGAUAGACCGAAAAUUUCUCUCUGGAGUAUUCUUAAAUCCAUGAUUGGAAAGGACAUGACGAAAAUGACUCUUCCCGUAUCAUUCAACGAACCAACAUCACUGCUUCAGCGAUGCGCCGAAGAUAUGGAGUAUUCAGAUCUUCUCGAUAUUGCAGCAGAUCGACCUGAUGCCGCUGAACGAAUGGUUUACGUUGCAGCUUUCGCCGCUUCCGAGUACGCUUCUACUAUUGGCCGUGUUGCUAAACCCUUCAAUCCACUUCUUGGAGAGACAUUCGAGUACGUGCGCCCGGACAAGAAUUAUCGCUUCUUCAUUGAGCAAGUAAGCCAUCAUCCACCCGUUGGCGCAGCGUGGGCCGAGUCACCCAGAUGGACAUACUACGGGGAGUCUGCCGUCAAGUCUAAAUUCUACGGCAAAUCUUUCGACAUUAACCCACUUGGUACCUGGUUCCUCAAAUUACGCCCUACCAACGGGGGCAAGGAAGAAUUCUACACUUGGAAGAAAGUAACUUCAUCCGUCAUCGGUAUCAUCACCGGUUCUCCAACAGUUGACAACUACGGCCCCAUGGAAGUCAAAAACUGGACCACCGGCGAAGUCUGUCUUAUGGACUUCAAAGCCCGGGGUUGGAAAGCCUCCUCUGCAUACCACCUCACUGGCCGUGUGAACGACAAAAACGGCCAACCACGCUUUAGCAUGGGCGGCCGUUGGAACAACAAAAUAUACGCCCGUCUGACACCUGGAUAUGAAGCGACGCCCGAGGAACCCAAACCAGGGGACAUGCAACGUCACGGCAAUAUUACUGACCCAUCCCAAGUAUUCCUCGUCUGGGAAGCCAAUGCGCGCCCAACGGGUAUUCCAUUCAACCUCACUCCCUUCGUCGUCACGCUCAACGACUGCAACGAUAAACUCCGACCUUGGCUUCCUCCGACGGAUACGCGACUCCGUCCCGAUCAAAGAGCCAUGGAGGAUGGGCAGUACGAUUUCGCUGCUACGGAAAAGAAUCGUGUAGAGGAGAAGCAAAGGGCGCGGAGGAGGCAGAGGGAGGAGAAGGGCGAGGAGUUCAGGCCACUUUGGUUUGUCAAGGAUAGGUGUCCGGUUACUGGAGAGAUAUUUUGGAGAUUUAACGAGAAGUAUUGGAAGGCUAGGGCGGAGAAGGAUUGGCAUGGUGUAGAGGAGAUUUUUUAG